AUGCGUAGGGCAAUCCUGCAAUAUCAACCUCACCUCCGACCUCAGGUUCGCCACUCAUACAGCACAUUCCGCCCUUCGCCAGCACCACCACGACUCCCCAAAGAAGACCAGGCUCUAUUCGAGAAGCUUCAAGAGCAGUCCACGGGCGCUUUCAGCACGCCCCGGACUCCUUCACCAGUCAACCAGUCACCUGCAUCGCAAAAUACCUCAUCAGUUGCCACCGACACCUCUCAGAUCAACGCCAGUGUUAACCAAUCUCCACAAUCCGAGCAAAUAUUGAACGCAACAAUCAAAGCUGAUGGCGAAGGCGACGAACUGCACCCAAAUAUGAGAAGGGGUGCACCACCAGAGUUUGAGGGUGACACAAAUCCGAAGACGGGAGAGGUAGGUGGGCCGAAGAAUGAACCCUUGAGAUGGGGACAUGGUGGAGACUGGAGCUACAAUGGAAGAGUGACGGACUUCUGA